UGUGGAGGAUAGUUCUUUCAAGGAGAUAUUCCCAUCACCCAUUGUUCAUCAAAAUCAACUUCUUCAUAAUUUGACAGUGCUGAAGGUGUCUGAAUGUCAUCGACUCAUCUAUUUAAUGACAAAUUCAGCUGCCAAAGGUUUGGUGAAUCUUGAAACAUUGGAAAUAGAUGAUUGUGAAAAGAUGGAGAAAAUUGUAAAGAAUGAGAAUAAUGACGAUGUGGAAGGUGGAGUCACGUUCAGUGCGUUGAGAAGAUUAAAACUCUAUAGUCUACCACGAUUGAAAGCAGAAGAGCAUAAAACGGAUUUCAACAUUGAAGACCCAGCAACAAAUAAUCAUAAGGUGUCAUUCCCAAAGUUAGAGAUAUUAGAAUUAUACUCUUUAAACAGUCUGGUUCCACCGAUAUGGGAUGACAAACCUUCACACAACUCAUUUAGCAACUUGAAAACAUUGAGUGUGAGUAGAUGUGACAUUGUGAAAUUGGUGCCCCUUCAUGUGCUGAAAUAUUUAAACAACUUGGAAGAACUGAAAGUCGAGUCUUGUGACAUGUUGGAGACGGUGUUUUAUUUUGAAGAUUUAAAUGAUUAUAAAGAGAUUGUGUCAUCAUCGAUGGCUGUGCCACUGAAAGAGUUAAGGUUAGAGUAUUUGCCAAAAUUGAAGAAUGUGUUGGCACCAUCCAUAUGCCAUCAAAAUCAAAUUGAAGAAAUUAUACCGAGACAGGAAGAGGACAAUGAGGACACGGAAAUCAUUUUCAGCAAAUUGGAGCUUUUGGAACUUCAUGAAUUACCAAGAUUGAAGAGAUUUUGCAGCCAAAAUUAUACUUUCAAGUUUCCAUUAUUACAAUCUGUAACCAUAACAGAGUGCCCUCAACUCACGACAUUCUGUUCCGGAGCCAUUCAUGCCCCGCAGCUUCAAAAUGUUCGAGUGACGAGUAUGGAGAAUCUAACAUAG